CUAUGCAGGAACACUUUUGAUGUGUUUUGGGAAGCAAUAUCUAACCAUCAAGUUCUCUCACUGUACCAGGGCCUUGGGACAAAGAACCUGCAGUCUGUUAUUUUUUCGUUUAUCUACUUCUAUGGAUAUAGCUUCUUUAAGAAGCUAUACUUAAAGAGAAGUGGAUCAAAAUCUAUUGGAACGAAAGCUAAUUUGGUUCUUGCUGCGGCUGCUGGGGCUUGUAUGAUUGUGGUGACGCAGCCUUUGAAUACAGCAUCAUCAAGGUUGCAAACAAGUGAAUUUGGGAAAUCUAAAGGACUCUGGAAAUCCCUUUCAAAAAACACUUGGAGUGGGGCAUUUGAUGGUCUAGGCAUUUCUCUUCUUCUGACAGCAAAUCCAUCUAUCCAG